CGCUCGUGGUGGACGGACGUGUUGCUGCUGCUGCUCCUCGUCGUUUUCGUCGGUUACGGGAAACACGGAACAAGCGUGCGUGCGUGCGUGCAAAUCGCUGGAUUAUCGUCUGUGUGUUCCGUGUUCUGCUUCUUCUCGUGCAGCAUUUUCGCGUGCGGUUUUCCCGCGGGGGUUUAGCGCCUCCCGUGGUGCUUUAUGCUGUUGUGCGCGAGAGAGAUUCGAAGUGCUUGAACCGCCACGCAGAGAGUAGUGCGUGCGUGCGUGCGUGCGUGCUUGCGGGCUUUCGUGUGUGUUGUUCCCCCCCGUGCCAAGGAGGGUGUGCACGCGCGCGCGGAAAAGUGCGUUUUUCGCUGUGUUUGCUCCAUUAUUUGUGCUUCACUGUCCCAUCGCUUCGUGGUUCGGUGACGACGACGACGACAAAGCGCGGCUGGUGGGGUGGAUCGUCCUGCGCCGCCCACAGCAUCAUCAGCAUCAGCAUCAUCAUCGUCAUCAUCGUCAUCGUAUGGUGUCCUCCUGUUGAGAGUGUCGAAGAGCAAUAACACCACCACCACCCCCGUCUCUUCGUUCGUUCGACUGUGUGUGUGUGCGGCCGUGCGCGAAACUUUCACGCGGAUAGCAAACAUGGCCACGAGCGACGAUGAACAUUUCCAUCUCUACGAGGUGUUCCAGAAUUGCUUCAAUAAAAUCGCCAACAAGCAGCCUCCUGAAAAAGCGGGUUACCAGUCGCCAUAUGCUAUGGACAAUGGAGUGUACGCUCCGGAAGAGUACACCCAUGAGAGUCCUGUUGCUGGCGGACAACGGUACACCUCGCCAAAAACGGGCGGCGCGCUGUAUCAGGCAGAACCGUACUACGAUUCACCGGGCGGUUCCUGGUAUCCACCGUCGGCUAGUGGUGCGUAUGCUCCUCACUCCGGUACCGGUUACCACAAUGUCGCCCACGGUCCAACAGGACAUCUGGGCGGUGGUGGUGGCGGUGGCGGCGCUGGUGGAGCCGGAACUGGUGGACCACAGCACAACCAUGACCAGUAUGCCAUGUCACCGGUCGGUGUACCGCACAUGGACGGCACCCAUCUAUCACAGAAUCAAACACAAGCACUUCCACCGAUGAGCACGUUCCGAGGCAACAGCGCACAGAUACCGCCUAUUGGUACGCAGGGGCAGAACUCACCCGCAAUCUACAACGCAAUCGCUGCCGGUCACCACAAUCAGCAUGCUCAGCAUAGUCCUAUUGUACAGAACGACACGCUGGUCGGAAAGGCGCUGCAGACGAUGUACCCAACUGACCAAAGCAUUAGCAGUUACGGUUCCAACCCCACCACACCAGUGAACUCGCCUCCUCCACUAACGUCCCAGCAGCAGCAACAGCAGCAACAAGUUCAACAACAACAGCAAAGCCAACAAGCAGCACAGCAAAGCCUCCAUGCGGCCGGUGGUCCUGGUGGUGCGAAUGGUGCGCCCGGUGGUGGUCCCAGUUCCGUCAGUGCUGUGUCGGCGGCCGCGGCAGCGGCAGCAGUUGCAGCCGUGGGAGCCAGCAGCUGGCAACAGAUCAACCCGGUGAUCAACAGUAACGGAGGACCGGUGGCCGGUCUCAACAGUCUCCCGAACGGUUCCUACGCACCCGAACUGGUGCACCGAGGACUGCCACACAUGGCCAACUCGCCCGAAAUUCAGCCAUUAGACGAAGCUAUCGUGUCGCUUCUGCGCGAGCAUGAAGGUGUUACGUCCUUGCAGGGUUCACGCAUGGAGGAGCGACUCGACGAUGCUAUUAACAUACUACGGAACCAUUGCGAACCCCAAGUCGGCGUUUCGCUAUCGUCGAUCGACCCGGCCGCGACUGGCUCACCGUAUGCUGGUGCCGGAAGCGCACCGAUCAUUCCACCUUCCGCCCAGCUCCAGCAGCAUGACACGUCGUCCGAAAUGUCGAGCAUCCCGGUAAAAUCGGAACGACUUCCAGCCAUCAGCACGCCUGCGUCGGUGAACAGCAUGUAUCAUUUAUCCUCAGAGAAACGCAAGGAACCACCAGAUUCUGACACCAAACCAAGCAGCUCAGUACAGGGUCCGGCCAAGGGUGCAAAGCGGCAGCGCAAGUAUAGUAAAACCUCGCGUAGUUGUUCUAGCGCCGAUGACGACGAUGAUGACGAUGAUCUGGAUCCGGUCACCAAGGACCGGAAGGAGAGAGAGCGAAGACAGGCGAACAACGCACGAGAAAGAAUUCGAAUUCGAGAUAUCAAUGAAGCACUGAAGGAACUCGGUCGCAUGUGCAUGUCGCACCUAAAAUCGGACAAACCACAGACCAAACUGGGCAUACUAAAUAUGGCCGUCGAAGUGAUAAUGACUCUCGAGCAGCAAGUUAGAGAACGCAAUCUUAAUCCAAAAGCGGCGUGCCUCAAGCGAAGAGAAGAGGAAAAGGCUGAGGAUGGUCCAAAGCUACCGCCCCAUAUCCUGCAUCAGUCUGCAUACCCUGCGCUACCUGGUGCUCCGCCAAGUCUACCACAUAGUGGACCCCCACAAUAGCAUACCAAUUUUACUUGUUUUAUUCGAAGAUAACAACAGCCGCUGUUACAAACACUACAUACGCUACGCCACAGCACUUCAGGAUCCUAAGCUAACCGUGAUGUGAUGCACCUCGGUAUUGACAGUGUUGUGGUGGCGCAUGGGUGAAAAAUCAAAUGAUACAAACACGUUAGUAAAAUAAAUCAAACGAAGAGCAUAUAGAGAAGAGUGUAGAGCGGUGGUAGGCAGAUGUGAGCGAAAUUGUACAUAAAAAGGACAAAAGAAUGUGUAUGUUUAUAAGUAGGACAAAACAAUGGAGACAUACAAAUGUGAAAAAGUUGAACCGUGCUAUCCUGUUGGCAUUUGCCACCUGUCUUUGACGGUCAUUGUACACAAUCAUGCAGCGAGGUGUAAAGGUAGACCCUAGGCACCUGUCUUCAACUAUAGAUGAGGUGUUGGAUGAGAAAGAGUGAGCAAUGGUGCGUCCUGUCUAUGAGUAUGUGUGUAAAAAAGGUAAAUCAAAGCUCAAAACACAUUUCAAGACAGAAUUGUAACUCGACAGUUCCACGGUGCGGAAAAAGUAUAUAUAAUUGGCAUAUGUUUUAGACGAAUGCAUUAGGUUAGGAUGAUUUUAAGGUCUUUCGGUACUACACGCCGCUGUGUGUGACCAUCUACUACUUCUUCAACUUACCAUACAGGCGAGAUCGAAUGGCUUGCGGUCAAUGAUGAAGAUGUCCGCCAAAAACAUUUUGUUACAAAUGUAACCCUCCCCUCUCCGGAAUCGCGGGUAAGGGGUCAAACGGAUAGGGUGCCACAGUCGAAAUGUGAAAUGUAAUAAUGCAUCGUUAAAUGGAAUGAGAGUGAAGAUGGUAAUAAUAUCUUUUUAGUAUUAUCUAUAUAUACACACGCGCACACACACUUAUAUAUAAAAUAUAUCCAUAUAGUGGGUGGGAAAGAGUAAAGAAAUGGCGAAACGAAAAAUUGCGAGAGAGCUGCUACAAAUGCGCAAACAAAUGAUUGGACGGCAUGAAUUUCCGUGAAAUUAGUUUGAGAAUCAUUGAAGGUUAAUAAUAAUGUUCAACAAAGUGAGCAGAGUGAGGAAAUCAUGACUUUAUUUUUGCUGCCAUGUUCCCCUGCUGAAUGAUUGAAUCAUUAGUAUCAACGAACUGGCGUAAUAGAAAAAUGCGAAAAUGAAUAAGUAUCGUCACCGUUUAUUGAUACAAAAGAAACCAAGCAACUUAAAGCCAUCAUCCAUCAUUGACGAAAAGAUAAACAAUCAUAAGGUACCUCUUAAUCGGAAGCAAAUAGUGCGCUUCUACUGCAAUGGUGCGUUUGUUGAAACCUGUUUACUACCAUCCGAUGGAUAGAACAUAGGAAACCGAUUGAACAAGAAGGGCGUGUUUUCUAAUGCCGUAUUCUUGUUUCAUUAUCAUCUUACUUUUUAACAAAUCGUUUAAUCAUACUUUCACGUCAUAUCUCUCUUACUUAAUUUCCGUACUUAGUAAGAUGUCAGUUACCAGUGUGAUUGCAAACCAAAUUUGUCUUUCUAUGUAGCAUCAGCAAUGAAUGAAACAAGCGUUAAAAACGUAAUUUUAAUUUUCAAAUACCGAUGCUACGCAGCGAAAUGAAUUUAGUUGAGGCAGUUUAGUGGAGAACAAAUGAAAUAUCUAUGUUCUACCAUCGGAUGGUGCUUCCUAAACAGGAUUAAACCGUGAAGUCUUUGGUCCGAAAAUUACAGAUAAUCAACACCAGUAUUUUCGUUGUUAAAUAGAAUAUGUUUUAUAUCAAUGAUGGAUCACAAAUGAUGUGCCCUUCACACAGUUUUUUACAGCUGUUUUAUAGCUGUCCCGAGUUCGGUCGGAAAGAGGACAGAAGAAGCUAUCGCACAUAAACUCUCUAAACGCAAUAUAUUAAUUUCCUUUUCAUGACGGAAUAUUGCACAAGCUGUUGUCGAUUGUUUGCUUUGAAUGUGAUUUCAAUUAGUUUUAUCUAAUAGCCUACGAGUUAACAUCACAAACUGAUUUGUCCCCAAACUGUUCCCUAACAUCACGUCCAGUCAUUCAACUAGAAUCACGUUGGUAUGGAUAAAGCUAAUAGAAAUCUUAUCAUUCGCCGAAAGCUGCGGCAGCGGGAAGAACCGAGUCAGUAAAAUUAAACGGUGCAGCGAACUUAUUUAUACGCAAACCAACUUCUUCACUUGACGAUAAGGCAUAAAUUUGUUUGAAAGGGUAAAAUGAUUUUAAAAUGAUCGCUUGAACUAAAGAGCGUCAAAACAUGGUUUUUAAUUUCAUAAAUAUGUGAUACACUUUUCGGUACGAGGCACAGGAAGGGCUGUAAAAAAACAAGAGAUCAAGAAAACAGGUACAAGGGAGAGCAAAUUGCAGCAAACAAGAAAUUAAAAACCGUAUCUCCAUGCACCAAGUUUUCGUGAUUUGAUUUGUUUUUUAUGUCACCUCCUGUUGAUUUUUGGAUUCGUAAUUGUUUUAAACGGUACAGCUAACGAAUGGUUAGAAAGGGCACUAUCAGCGCUUAUACUCGAGAGAUGGUGCGAUAUUUCAGAGCAAAUCAUCGAUACUAGAAACAUGCACUUGGCUCAUCUUUUGUUUAGUUAGUUACUUAUUUGUAUUUUUUUUAUUUAGAUAAUGUUUUAAAAUGCAAAUUUUUUAUUCAUAUUUUAUCAAGCGAUACCAUUCGGUUAAUAGGAAUAGUAGUUCUUAUAUGCCUUCUUCCAUUUGAUUUGGUAUUUUGUUUCCAAAGCAAAAUAGAAAAACAAAACAAACGUGUAAUUGCAAAACACUAGACGCGCUGGAUCACUGACCCAAAAUGCAAGUGCAAAAGCGAUCCUUAGAAUGGAGCAAAAAAAAAACAACAAUCAAUGAUACACACC